AUGCGAAAGAUGUGUCGUGCAAAAAACCUUGAAAGCGAAGUUGGAUUUUCAGUCGGUGGUACGACUAGUGACAUGGUACAGCUUGGGUUUUCGUUUGUGAUAUUCACGUGCAUUGUUGUUCUUCUUGUGGUGAACCGGCGACUGCGGCGAUCAACUAGAGGAAGUGGAUCGCUUUCAAGUCGUUAUCAGAUCUCAGAGAACGUCAGAGCACUGAGAUUGGUCGCUCCUGUAGUUCUGCUUGAUACAGGCAUCACCAUAGUCGAUAUGGUUGGUGCACUUUUCUUCGACGUUCGACCUGCGUUUGACCGUGACAGCUACGAGUCCGGAUCAACUAGAUACUUAAUAGCUUAUAUAGCGUUGCGUGGAGCUGCUGUUGUUCUGCAGUAUGGGAUACCCGUUGCGAUUGUCAGCCACGAAACAAUACGGAAGGUUGCAUGUGGAUCGCNCGUUCGACCUGCGUUUGACCGUGACAGCUACGAGUCCGGAUCAACUAGAUACUUAAUAGCUUAUAUAGCGUUGCGUGGAGCUGCUGUUGUUCUGCAGUAUGGGAUACCCGUUGCGAUUGUCAGCCACGAAACAAUACGGAAGGUUGCAUGUGGAUCGCUGUCGAAGGUUACUGGCAAGCCAUCAUGCACCCAGACUGACGAGGUGAGAGUUCCGUUCAAGCAAGUUAAAAGUAUGAUCAGCUCGACAGCCUGCUAG